AGAAGCAACCCUCAUCUGACCAGAUCUGAAGGGAAGCAGCACCCUCCGAGCAUCCCAAAUUUUUGAGAGAAAACGUUUUGACGUCAGUUGAACAAGCUUUUAAUCCUAUCUGAAUUUCACCCGAAUUUUCAAAAGUUAUCUUUUGAUUUACAUUCCAAAUUCUUGGUGAAUCAUGGAUAGUGGAAGAGAUAAAACAUCUUUGAAAGGCUCCCAGACCAAUGUCACUGAAUCUGCCCAACCUCUGUUGGAGACCGUGAGUGGUGUUGGGGACGCCCCUAGGGGAACUCCUGAGAGGGAGAGAACCGAGGGAGCAGAGUCCACCUUGCAGAAAGGAUCCAGCAGCAAGGACAUCGCUGAAUCUGGGGAAGCAGGGAGUCGACGACUGCGCCCUCUCACCUGCAUUGACAGCUUUACAAGGAACAUGAACUUGUUGGACAGAGAUUCACUUCAUAUCAAUGAUCACAUCAACGUUUCUUUUGAGGAAGUUCUGGCUGAACCUCGUGUCAACCAGAGUUUUGAUCAAAUUUGGAGGUUCGCUUACGUCCUUUUUGCGGGAACGAAAUUGUGGGCUUAUCGAGUUCUGGCUGCUGUUUUUGCCGUCCCAUGCGGCCUCCUGUGGGGUUUAAUAUUCUCCCUGCUCGCCGUGGCCAGUGUCUGGCUCAUCACCCCGGCAAUGAAAGUGGUUGAAGUUCUCCUCCAAGUCGUAAUAAGAGUCUGGGGUGGGGCAGUCCGAGCAAUUUUGGAUCCUGUGUUUCAAUCAGCUUCUAUACUGGUGAAUGCAGCAAAGAAGGAAAGAGGUCCGCCUUACAUUCAAGAAAUUGCUUAGUUCUCUUCUUUAAGUUUACCUACUUUGCGUCAAGUUUCUUUCUUUUAAAAAGUUAUUUUCUACGAAUCUAUGCCUAAUGCAUUAGAUUUGUAAUUUUUUAAAAUCAAAUUUAAACAAUCCACAAUUAUUUUACGGUAUCUGAUUUACCGUUACUUUUGUCUUACUUUGUUCGUAUAGUUUAUUUUAUAACUAGGAUAGAUGUAUGAUUUAUUUGAGUUUUUAAUAUUCUGUCGAUGUUUAAAUCAAAAAUAUGAAACAGAAAUUAUAUUUUGAAAGCUUUUGAAUUGAAUUUAUUUGGGACGAAACAGUAUUGUUACAGUAUUCUCUACUUAAAUUUCUAUAUUAAUAAUCAAAUGCAUUAAUUUAAUUUUAAUAUUAAUUGUGGAAAAAUUGAAAGUUUUUCUUAAACAUUUUACGAAAUACUCUUAUUUACGAAACCUUUCUGUGCAUCAGUUAACGCACGAAAUGUUGCGCAUGGUUGAAAAUACGUUUUAACAUGCAUCUGCAUUGACAGCAAUAUUAUAUUCAAAAAUCUAUCAAGCUAUUUUUCAUGUUCAGGUCGCAAUAUUUACAUUCGAUAACUCUGCUGUUCCUUUCAUGAUCAAGUAUCAUUAAAUGCAAAAUUAAUUCACUUGAAAAAUAAUCUCUACACAUCGAAACAUCUGACUUCACAGUACAUUUGUAAGAUUCAGAACGCACAAAUCGAACGUUUUGCUUUUAAUGUGAACCCAAUAUCCAUGUAAAUAAAGAGUAACUCGAUUUACAUUUGUUAUGAAAGUUAAUUGCUUUUAACAAAACAUGAGGAACGUAUUACAGGAAAUUCACUCGUUUCGAAUCAUUGUAGUUAAAUUACAAAGCGUUUGGCAUCACUUUUUGCAUAAGGAGCUAUGCGCAUUGCGCACUUCAACUUGCGCAUUUAAUUACAAAGUGUUUGAUUUCAUUCCUUACAUACGUAAAGAGAUUUUCUCUCAUGAAUAAGGAUUAAUUAACACUUAUCCAUUAAGAACAUUUACUUUCAUUAUAUACACCAACAAAAUUUUGUGGGAAAAAAUUACUUUGAAACUGUUCUACAUUAUUAAAAGCUUAAGUAUAAAGUAAACAACCGAAAAAGUAAAACAUUGCCAAAAAAAAAAAAAAAUCCACCUUAGAAACAGUAGGAGAUACUGUGUCAAAAAAUGAUUUUUAGAAGAAUAAGAAAAUUGAUCUGAAAAUUAAAAUAAGUAUCUUUUAUGAAACCUUAGUAAGGUAUGUGUCCAUCUUUCAAAGAUCUAAUGUCUACAUCUAGCUCUAGCAUCAGUUGCGCAUACUCUUGUUCAGAUAAUCUUGAAAAAAUUGUGGUAGAUUCGAACACUCCUAUCUAAUGCCACAAAAAGGUUUUCUUUGCUAAGCGGUGGUGGAUUGCGUUCUAUGCGUUUCCCACGCAUUCCAUGGAUAUUCUUUGGGAUUAAGAUCGGGUGAUCAUGCAGGCCAACUCCAUGACUUAGUUGUUUUUCACGUGGUUAUAUAUUCAUGAAUCAAUCGUUUAAAUAUAUUACCCGUACUUGGAAAUUAUAUCAGUUUCAUUUGGUCUAUCUAAAGAAAUACAAGUCUUUUUCUGAAACGAACAGUUUUAUGAAUUCUUAAUUUAUUGACUUUAAAGUGAUUAAUUUUUCAUCCUGAGAGCAACGAAUCAUGACAAUGUAAUGUCUCAAUGACUCUUUAAUUUUUUAAGAACAUCAUAAAAAUGAUAUUUAAUUAAAAAUAAACUUGUAAUUUAUUAUAUUGAAUAGCUCGAAAAUUAUUUAACAACUUAACCCGAUUCUUAUUUACAAGUAUUAUUACUUUGCGUGAAGCAAAACAUAGAUAUCGGAAUAUAAUUUUCAACUGCUAUUAAGUACUUAAAAAGCAUGUUUACUUAUUUUAAAGUUUCAGAUGAUUUAAUUUAUGAAUUCUUUACUAUAUCUAAUGAAUAUAAGAGCAGUAAUCUGCACUUAUUUUAUAUUCUUUUUAUGAAAAUUUGAGAUAACUUUACUAUUUGAUGUAUUUUAAGCUGUUAAUAAUAUUUUUUCUGUACAUGCCUGUAUUAUACCAUUUUUAUGUGAAAGAUCAUUUUAUAGCAUAUAUGUUUUCAAGAUUGCGAUUGUUUUACACUAGUUCACUUGUAAAUGAAUCAUCUUUUUUUAUUACCAUGGGACCAAGGCAGGACCCUGGAAGUAGGGCUUAAUUUAAAAUUCAGUCCCAUUUUUAAAUUUAUAUAUGGAAAUGCUCAACCAGUUUAAAUUUCCUUCAAUUAUAUACAAAUAAAAGUCGAUAUAGUUUUUUAUUCUAAAGCAAAAACAAUGCUUUUAUAAUGCAUUUAAUAUUUAUCAUUAAAUGUUUUGGGAUAAAGUUGAUUAAAAUAAAGAGUGCUAUUUUAUUUCUUUUAUAAACUUAAAGAUAUAUAUUAACAGAAAAGAAAGACAAAACAACUCACGAAAAUUUUCUACUUUAAUACAUUAAUGGUUCACAUAUUUAUAAAAUUUUAUUCGUUUAAAUCGAGAGGUGAGUGCUCUGUAAAUGAAAUGCUGCUACUCUUAAUGAUGAUAAGAUUCAGAUGAAUAAAAAAACUGAAUUUCUAUCACUUGAUGCAUUUCAUCUUAAGUUCUGGUACAUGCGAUCUUUCGAAAUAUUUUAAAGCAAUGCAUAUUUUGGCACCUAUACAUAAGAAUAUGUAUUAAUGCAGAAUGUUAUUUACUUGUUAGCAACUAUGGCCAUCAGACGUGCGUCAUGCCGAAGAAUGUUUUAUGACUUAUUUCAUACAUUUGAUGGCAUACUCAGAAAACCAUCCACAUUUUUGAGAUUUGGUGCGCCACUACAGAAAGUCCAUGUGAUAAGGGUACUUUCAUUUUAAAUUUUUAUGGCAAUUAGAGUAUUACUGCAACAUAGUUUUGCAUAAGAAUUAUGCCUUUCUUUAUUGCGUCGAUGGUUUGCAAAAUCUUAGUCUUUUUUGUUGAAAUGAUCUAGUCAGGCAACAACGCCAUUAUUAUAUAGUGUUUUAGUGUUUUAUAUGAGAUUUUUUACAAUCGACAUUUCUUUCAAAUUUAUAUGAUGUACCCAAGUUUUUUUAGGCAAUUGGAUAUAAAGAAACACCAUUUUUCGAUAAUAAUUCAUCUUAGUAAUUUUGACCACUUUACUCAUACAGUGCUCAUUCUAAAGAGUGUCCCCAAAAUUAACCCAAGAUUUGAAUUUGCCACCUGGUCAUGCAGCAAAGUGUUGGCAACCCUAUUAAAAAACCAUUUGACAGUUGAUAAUUUAGGGUUAGUAAAAAAUGGAGUAGUACAAUGUGUUAAUGCAAGAUUGGAAUUAAAUAAAAAAAAAAAAAACAGUUUUUUCUUUAAAUUAUUAUAUUUUUAUUGAAUUGUAAAGUGCACAGGAUAAGGUUAUGGAUGUGUUGUAUGGAAUAACACAUAGGUCAAAUGGUUUCCAUGGCUUUCCUGGCACAUACGCACUCUUUUGUCGAAAUUUUCAAUGACCAUUUUGCAUAAAUGUGUCUGAAUUCAAUUGAUGCAGGGUUGAAUUACCUCCUCAAUGCACGCGUGAUUGUGGGCUUGUUGGCGUAGACCUUUGACUUCAAAUAACCCCAUAAAAAUAAAUCCAGUGGUGUUAAAUCGCACGAUCUAGGGGGACAAGUCUCAAAUUUUUUGAGCUGUAUUCGACAGAUUCAUUAUUUUUGAAAUAUUGUUCAACAAUGAAAACGCGUUGUUCUAUGGAGUAAUGCUCCAUUUUUACUAACUCAAAACUAUCAGCUGUCAAAUGGAUUUUUUUAAAUAUUGUUGACAACACUAUACGGCACAUGGAGGCAAAUUCAAAUCUUGCGGUAAUUUUGGGACACUCUUUAUAUGCCCGUAAAAGUACUUAUUAAUCUCAUUCAUGUUUCUUACUAACUACACUGUAGAGGAAUUGUAUUUGGAAAACAACAGUCUUAGAAUUCUUAUUAUAUUUCAACGUAUAAUUUUUAUCACUAUUUCUUCAUAAACAUGAGCUCAUUUAUAUAAACUUUCAUUUUUUAAAGGAUAUUAGAAAUAAAUACCCAUUUUUUUUUCUGAAAAUUAAGAAUUUAAUUUCUAAUUUUCCUGAACUGUGUUGACUUUGUUUGAAUAUGUUUACUCUUUAAAAAUGUAAAUAGUUUUAAUUAAUUUGCAUGUCCAUAGAUUGAUGUAAUUCACUUCAAAUACGUGUUUUAAAAUACGUGAAUGUUUUAAGAUUUAUUUCACUUUUUGUGAUUCGCUUUAAGAAAGUUUGAUUUUUAUUUUUAUCUGAUAUUUAAUAGCUAUAUUUUAUUUAUUACUCAGAUAAUAAUACGAUGUAACAACACAUCAAGGUGUUGGGAAGAAAUACUGACAAGGUAGUGAAAUAUUCAUAAAUCUGCUACUUAUUAACUCACAUUUUGCAACAUUUUAAGAUUGAGUUUCUGUGAAUAUCUUUGUAGUUUUCAUAAAUGUAGAUGUAUUAAAAUGUUGUAUUGAUAAUAUAUGCUUCUUAAACUGCAUUGAAGUGCUAUAAGGCCUAAUGCUUACCCAUGUGUUCAGAUAUUUGUAUCAAUAUUAAUGUCUGUGAUUGUUUAAACUUUUAGUACACGAAACGCAAUGUUUCUACAGAGGCCGGUUUGCAAUAUAUAUACAAUUGUAAUAUAAAUUUUUAAAAAUAUCGUAUGGUUUAAUAAAUGUUUGCUGAGUUUAGUAAACUUUAAAGUAACAUUAAAAUUUUUUUUCUAUACUUGCAUGAAUUUUGGAAAUGUAUUAUUACGAUGUAUCAUUGGAUGUUUUGGAUACGCUUGAUAUUACUACGAUAAGCAUGUUUCGUAAUGAUACUCACUGACUUAAUCUGUGUACUUUAGUACUGUUAUAAUGUAUAUUUCUGAGAAAAAUCUCACUUUUAUUGAUAUAGUAAUAUGAUAUUGCAUGUAUAAAUAAUACUAUGAUGUGAAAAUGUAUUUGAAUUUUUAUAACAUUUUGUGUAAAGUGUAAAGCUUCGUAAGAAAUCACAAUGCAAGAAAUUGAAUACUUCAUCUACUUAUUUGGUGUUUUAAUGCUCAUAUUCAUUAUAAAAAUUUAAAAAAGUUGCAUUCAAAUACCAUACCAGAUAAACUGCUUAUACCCUGGUUGCUCAUUUGUUUUCCAAGAGUGUAUUAAUUGUUGUUUUCUAUGGCAGCAUGAAAAAGUGUUUAUCAUUUCUAUUAAAAGCGAAAACUCGAAUUUUAAUAAAAUUAUUUCAAACACACUCAUGCAUGUUUUAAAAUUUUGCAGUAUGAACUCCAGAGAAAAUAAAUUUAUGGAUUUUAAUUUUUCCAAUUCAGACCUCCCAUAAACUGUGUAGAAAAAAAGACGGUCAUAAAAGAGAGAGAGAGAAUUAAAUUUAAUAUUUGCAUUGAGAUAAUAUAUGCACACACACACACAUAUAAACAUACAUACACGCACGCACACACGCACAUAUACACACACAUACACGUACACACACACACACACAUACACUGACACACACACACAUACACUGACACACACACACAUACACGUGCACACACACAUACACGUACACACACAAACAUACACGUACACACACAAAGAUACACGUACACACAAACACACAUACACAUGCAUACAAACACACAUACACAUGCAUACAAACACACACACAUACAAACACACACACAUACAUACACGCACACAUUCAUACAAACACACACACACAUACAAACACACACACACACACGUACACACACACACACACACACACAUGUACACACACAUACAUACACAAAAAACAUACACACACAAAUAUACACAUACACAUACA